AUGUGUUUUAAAAGAAAGAUUCAGACAAAGAAUGACUUUAACUUGUCCUAUAUACUACAUAAGCAAAUGAUAAAUACCUGUUAUAUUAUUUUGGCAUUAAAUUUAUUAAUAAUUCUCGUAUCGCCGAAUAAUUAUCCAAAAUGUCGAAAUUAUCAACAGGCAUGUGCAGUUGAAUUAAUGAAAUUUCCAGAAUUAGUUAAUGAUGAAAGGGAGGACAUCAAAGAAGGACAUAAUGAAAGAAAUGAAGAAAGUGUGUCUGAAGGAUCAGGAGAAAACAAUGACGAUGAAAAAUUACAUUUUGUGCCGAUGAGUAUGUCCUUCCCAAUAUAUGAUGAAUUUGUACCAACUACACCAACAUACGAUUACUCCAUGGAGCCUGUAGAAAAGGUUCAACAUCAAAUAUGCUCUUGCUUAGGUGAUUUUUAA